AUGAGCAACAGGAAAGACAGGCAGAGCCAUGGAACCAAGGCAGAUAAAGGAACCAAGGCAGACAAAGGAACCAAGGUAGAUAAAGGAACCAAGGUCGAUAAAGGAACCAAGGUCGAUAAAGGAACCAAGGUAGAUAAAGGAACCAAGGUAGAUAAAGGAACCAAGGUCGAUAAAGGAACCAAGGCAGAUAAAGGAACCAAGGUAGAUAAAGGAACCAAGGUCGAUAAAGGAACCAAGGUAGAUAAAGGAACCAAGGCAGAUAAAGGAACCAAGGCAGAUAAAGGAACCAAGGCAAAUAAAGGAACCAAGGCAGAUAAAGGAACCAAGGUAGACAAAGGAACCAAGGCAGAUAAAGGAACCAAGGUAGAUAAGGGAACCAAGGCAGAUAAAGGAACCAAGACAGAUAAAGGAACCAAGACAGAUAAAGGAACCAAGGCAGAUAAAGGAACCAAGGCAGAUAAAGGAACCAAGGUAGAUAAAGGAACCAAGGUAGAUAAAGGAACCAAGGCAGAUAAAGGAACCAAGGCAGAUAAAGGAACCAAGGCAGAUAAAGGGACCAAGGUAGAUAAAGGAACCAAGGUAGAUAAAGGAACCAAGGUAGAUAAAGGAACCAAGGCAGAUAAAGGAACCAAGGCAGAUAAAGGAACCAAGGCAGAUAAAGGAACCAAGGUAGAUAAAGGAACCAAGGCAGAUAAAGGAACCAAGGUAGAUAAAGGAACCAAGGCAGAUAAAGGAACCAAGGCAGAUAAAGGAACCAAUGUAGAUAAAGGAACCAAGGCAGAUAAAGGAACCAAGGUAGAUAAAGGAACCAAGGUAGAUAAAGGAACCAAGGCAGAUAAAGGAACCAAGGCAGAUAAAGGAACCAAGGCAGAUAAAGAAACCAAGGUAGAUAAAGGAACCAAGGUAGAUAAAGGAACCAAGGCAGAUAAAGGAACCAACGUAGAUAAAGGAACCAAGGUAGAUAAAGGAACCAAGGCAGAUAAAGGAACCAAGGUAGAUAAAGGAACCAAGGCAGAUAAAGGAACCAAGGCAGAUAAAGGAACCAAGGUAGAUAAAGGAACCAAGGCAGAUAAAGGAACCAAGGCAGAUAAAGGAACCAAGGUAGAUAAAGGAACCAAGGCAGAUAAAGGAACCAAGGUAGAUAAAGGAACCAAGGUAGACCAGGGUAGAUUAGGAAACCAAGAAGAAAAAAUAGCCAGCUAG